AUGUCUGGAAACCGCCAUAUUCUCCCUGAGAUUACUGUGGAAGAGAAAAGAAUCACUGCCAGCCUUGCUGCCAGCAUGGUUACCAACCCCAUUCCUGCUCCCAUUGUUGCCACCAUCCUUGCUACUGCUAGUACCGAGAUCACUGCACCUCCCCAAGCAGAUUUUGCUGCGGGACCAAACGAGCCUGCCUUGGUGCAGGCAAACAAAAAUAGGCCCAGAUGGGCCACUACAGUUUGCUUUCGCCUUUUGCCUAACCAAGAAUCGGCUAAGAAUGUUUUUGACUAUCUGGUGCCCAAGUUUGUUGGUGUUGGAAUGAGAGAGGCAGACCUGAACAAAUAUGUCUACACGACUUACUGCUCUUGUAAGCGUGAGCAGAACAAGGAUAGAGAAGCCAAGAAGAAGUCGAAUACUGUUUCCAGAAGACAUAGGCGUGAGAAGGAGCACUUCAGACAUCGCAAGGCAGCAUACAAUAAGAACAAGAUUGCCAUUGACAAGAAAAUGGCGCAAGAUUGCUCUGCUCUGCUCAUCAGGGAAGCAAUGUCUGAAGGUGAAUCAGACAGUGAUUCAAGAGGCUCAACUUCUUCCCAACCGAUUCAGAUCUUGCGUCCAGGAUGGAGAAGCAAUGAGUACAAUCGUUUGAUUGAACUCGUUGAUGAGGCUGUUAUAGCUGAUUUGGGCAACAAUGCCCAUCAGUUACUGGAACGAAUUUGGUUAAGAACCACAGAUUCGGCAGUCCCAGAUGCAAUUGCGUCACAGUUACCUCAGUGGGCUCUUAGAAAUGGGCCCUAG